AAUUUCAAAAUGGCGACCUUGUUGAAGGUACAUCCGCUGCGCGAGACACACAGCUGGCUACCGAAAUCUGCAUCAGAAUUUGGUGAUGAAUCUGGUGCAAUGAAUGGUCCAUUCCGAGCCACGCAGCGCUGGAACAGCAUCAUCAAACACCUGCAGAAUAACGUCAGCGUCAAGCCGCACAAGACCAAAACCAAGCGAUAUGAGGGGUGCUUUGCCGGUGCCGAUGCUGUAGACGUCCUGCUUCCAUAUUUGCAGCAGAGUGGGUUUGAGAGGGACAUCUCCAGGGAAAAUGCUGUCAAAUUGUGUCAGUUACUUCUGGAGCAGAAUAUAUUUGAGGAUGUGUUGACUAUAUCUCAGCCACCCCUGAAUACUAAACCAACCUUCCAAGAUACCAGCACUCAGUUUUACAGAUUUGUCAGAGAUGUCAACAAAACCCACAGAAGUAGUCAACGUCUGUCAGACACGGCCAGAUAUCAGGCAGAGAAAAGGUCGGCCGUAGAUGAAGGGCAAAGUUACCCACAUUUUGAUAGGAAGAAAAAACUGAGGCACAGUUUUGGUGCUGGCAAGUCAAAGAAUGAUCAUAGAUGUGACGAAAAUGACGGUGGGUCGGGUUUCACCAACCUCUUCGAACGCAAGAAGAAAAAGAGAUCUAGCUUUGGGCUGGGCAAAUUGAAAGCAGAAGUAUUGUCGAGGAAGGAUGAAGGAAAUCACUUAGACACACCGGUGGAAAAGAAGAAACGUAAACGGAACAGUUUUGGGUUGGGACGACUCAAGACAGAGAACAGUUACAAUAUUAGUGGGUCAGUUGAGAGUAUCCCUCAGUCCGGGGACAAGAGAAGAGCUAGCUUCAGACUGGGCAAGCACAAGAUAGAAUCAAAUGAUGCAGGUUCACAGGAGUCCCUGUCGCAACCUGAAUACAAGAAAAGUAGAAGGAGCAUUGGCAGUUUCCGAAUCGGGAAGCGGCCGGAAACAAGAAAUAAGGAUCUAGAGACAGCCAGCAUUACUUCAGAGGUGUCCCAGCAAAGUGAGACCAAAUCGACGAGUAGCGGCAAAAGUAGCCAAUCGAAUGACUGUGAUGUAAGGUCCGUCCAAUCAGUGUCAACACGGGAUAGACUGAAAGCAGAGCUUGAUGUGAAUGAGAUCUGGAAGGAGUCAACCAUACAGAGGCUUUUAGAAUUAGUGGAUAUACCCAUGCUGGAAGAUAUCCUGUCCUGCACAGAGAACUUUGUAGUGCCCAGUUUUUCCAGUGGGAGUGCUAUCAAGAGGGGGAACAGCAAUCAUCAAGAAGCAACUCGGGAUCAGUGGCUAUCAUCAGCCCUGGCCUGCCUGCGGUCACACCGAGACAGCUCCACCAUCACCGACAGCUUCCUCAGCGCCAACAACAGCCAAUCCCAGUCCGCGGUCCACGCCCGCAAGCUCCUCCUCUUCCAGACGCUGUCCAAUCACAUCACGGAGCGCCGGCGGCCGCUGGUUCCCCCGGAGCUCCAGGAGAUACUGAUGGCCAUACUGGGGUCCAUCGCUCGGGGGAAGACCUCCAGGGCUAUCGAGUUGGCCCAGUUGGUCUUGGUGAUGCUGGAAGCCAAAGACAGGGACGAACUGCAGAAACUGCUUCGGUUCAUGGCCUCGGCUAGCUCAAAAACUGCCGUCAAGUUAAGCUAUGAGAUUGACAACCGCAUCACGGUGAUCACCUCCUUCACACCGGCCAUCAUCCCGGGUAAGAUCGUGUCCCCGGUCCAAGCUAAGAACCUGGUGGCUUUCAUGAUGGAUUGCAUGGAUCGCAUCUGCAAGGUGCCACACCUCGUAGCGGAGACGGCCCAGAGAAGAAUAGCACGGUUAAAGGCUGGCCACCGAGACAUAAGCAGAGACUCCUGCUGCAUCAGAGUGACACCGCAGCAGUAUCACCAACAACGCACAUUGGGAACGGACGCAGCACUCCGCGAGUUGACCAACGCCAUCAUCGACGACGUCAAGAUACCACUGAAGGACAAGAGGCAGCAUCUACACGACCUGAAGAAACACCACCCAAAAGUUGCAACCAGCUGUAACCGAUUCUCAACAAAGAUGAUCACACACACUGAGAAAAAGAAGUAAAGUUCACUUUUGAGUGGCAAUAAAUUGGAGAAACAUUGGAGAAAUUGGAGGGAAUGUACACUACAGUUGAUUGCUAGAAAAUAAAUUUGAGUGAAGUUUUGAAUUACCUUGGUAACAAAAUUAG